UUCUGAGUCACAAAACGAAAUAAUUUACGAAAUACUCAGCAAUUUAAAAUAAUCCAAACAAUUCAUCAACUGACACCGGCUUUUAUCAUAAAAAUGGCUACAACUGUUACCGAAGUCCUAGCGAAGUUACAACUUAACAAUACAGAAGAAUUAGUAGAAUCUUCCAAUGUUCCUGUAACUAACAAAACUUUAAAGAAGAUAUCCAUAAGCACACCUGUAGAGGAUUACGUAUAUAAUAUGAAAACUGAAAGUGCACCUGACUAUGAUGAUAACGACACCGAUGAAAAUUCCUAUUUGGAAACAUUUUCUCAGGCAAGAGAUAUGGUGUGGCUGCUUCUGUUUGGUGAACCCUCAUUAACAGUUGAAAACAGUAAGAAGGCAGCCGGACUUUUAGAAAAGUAUAAACGAGAUGCUGUCUUUUAUUGUCCCUGGGACUAUAACGAUUGGAUACCGAAUGUGAGAGAUGAACUUUUAAAAAGAAAGUAUUUUGAAUUUUGGCAAAAUGUUGUAGUGAAAAAUGAAUUGGGUUUGUGCUGGGCACGUGAUUCUGACUAUUUUCACGAUAUGGAAGAUCCCAAACCAAUUGAGUUUUAUAAAAUGGGUGAGGAUUUAAUCAAACAACAAUUCAAAAUAAUCCAAACAAUUCAUCAACUGAUACCGGCAUUUAUCAUAAAAAUGGCUACAACUGUUGCCAAAGAUCUAGCGAAAUUACAACAAAACAAUACAGUAGAAUUAGUAGAAUCUUCCAAUGUUCCUGUAACUAAAACUUUAAAGAAAAUAUCGCUAAGAUCUCCAGUAGAGGAUUACGUAUAUAAUAUGAAAACUGAGAGUUCACCUGUCUAUGCUGGUGACUACGAUGAAAAUUCCUUUUUGGAUACAUUUUCACAGGCAAGAGAUAUGGUGUGGCUGCUUUUGUUUGGUGAACCCUCAUUAACAGUUGAAAACAGUAAGACGGCAGCCGAACUUUUAGAAAAGUAUAAACGAGAUGCUGUAUUUUAUUGUCCCUGGGACUACAAUGAUUGGAUACCGAAAGUGAGAGAUGAACUUUUGAAAAAAAAAUAUUUUGAAUUUUGGCAAGAAGUUGUUGUGAAAAACGAAUUGGGUUUGUGCUGGGCAGGUGAUUCUGACUAUUUUGACGAUAUGAAAGAUAACGAACCAAUUGAGUUUUAUAAAGUGGGUGAAGAUUUACAGUCCUGUCACAGAAUUCCAUUUCGAUCGGAAGUAGAAUUAAUUCCGCAUUUUGCUUCUUCAGAAAAAGUAAAACGAAAAUUUCUUUCGCAAUGAAAACGCUUUCAAAGUGGAAUUGAUAUUUCUUUGUAUUUAUUAGUGUUAACAUAAAUGUUAAUCUGUCUUUGCUUCCGGGGCUAAAAUAUUUAAAGAGGAAAAAUAUUAAAAUAAACUUAAAUCUAAAAUAAAUUAAAAAUUUAACAUUAACGGAACUUAUACAGGUUUAAUAUAAGAACAUUUUUUGUUAUAAACAUUCUUUGAAAAAGUUUAAUAAAUUGUUUGAUUUCAUCAAAAAUUAUGUAAUUGUGUAAUAAUAAAAA